CUUGUCGCGUAUCACCCUGCAUCUAAUUUCUUCAAUUGGUCAAACCGGCACCGGUCGCGCGCUGAGAGAUCAUUCCACGGACAGGUCAGUGCUGUCCGCCGGUUUCUUCCGAAUGGCCAUUAAGUCCUGAGUAGGGGAAGUUCGUGUGACGAAUAGCAAAAUCCAAAACGGCCACAAACCGCACCAGACAUCAAAUACCUUGGCGGGGAGGGCACUGCAAGACUCAGAGCGACCUAACUACGACGAGACCACUUUCAUUUUCAUUCGAUCAGUCGCCGCGUACGGAGUGUCGUCGAAGCAAGUAGACUCGCGAGCGCCACGCCAAAGUGACGCAAAACAGAAAAAACAAAAAGUGUUUUACCAAGGGUGACAGAAAUACGCCAAAGUUUUCCGCGUAAGGUCGGGAAGAAAAUUAUCAGUGCCAGCUUUACGGAUAGGGGAAACAGGACAGUGUAGUGUAGUGUAGCAAUUAAUUACCUCCGGCACCCGUUUUGUGGCCGUAAACCGCCCCAAGGAACAAGCCUUUGGUCAAAUCGAUUUCCGGAUUGGACACCAAGAUGAAGAUACUUCUCUUCCUGCUGGCUUUAUUGCCGCUGUUGGUGCAUUCGAAACCAGCCUCCACCUUAUCGGAGCCAGUGGAAAACUCUUCGUCCGAUGCUGCGAGCCCCAUUGACCGUUCCGACUUGGGUAGAAUCAAACGGUCCGGUUUCGAUCUCGUGUCCGGUCUCAAAAGUACACUGCUAUCGGGCAUAGGACAUGCGUCGGCUUCCCUGGCGGCCAGCAGCAGUGGGUCCGCAUCGUCCACUGCAGCGAUGCACGCUUCCGGUGCGUCGUCGUCUAGUGGCAAGAACACAUACGAAAAACCACACGAGGAAGCCAAAUUCGACGGAUGGGGCCUGAAGAAAUCCAUCCUGAACACACUGUUCCAAGCGGUGAAAGCCAUCACCGGUGGCAUCACAAUCCUGAAGGGUCAACUCAUUAAGGGCUCCGGCUACGCAGUCAGUGGCCUUGGCAAGGUGAUCGCCGUCGGCGGAGAUGCCGUGUCCGACGUGGGCAAGAAGAUUACGACAUCGGCGCAUCUCGUCCCAUCUGCCCACUCGCACAUAUCUCCGUUCGCCAAGCUGAGUGGUUCGCUGUCGUCCGGUUCAGCGGGACUCGUCUCGUCUGCUUCAUCGUCCUCUUCGGGUUCGUCGUCAUCGUCCGGACACCACACUGGACCAGCAAGUGAAAGUUUCACCAGUUAUGAAACUCCCGGAAGCUAUGGUCAUGAAGUACACAGUGUUCCCUCAGCAGCCGCCUAUCUGCCACCGAAAGCAACGAGCUACUACAAAUCUCCUCUGACGUCGUACGGUACCGAAACUGAAUCUUUUGCCUACCCAAUGGCGUCACACUACAUUGCAAAGUCGGGCAAGACCAGUGUCGUAGAGGCAUCGGACGUGCUGAGGGAAAUUUUGAAACAGAAAAUACCGACUGGGACUGGACACAGCUACAACAGUUACCAUCCGAUAACCGGACCGAUGAAGUACGACAAACAGGUCAUCUCCCAACAUACCAUCCCAACCGAUCCCUAUCCUCCGCCAUUCCGGCCGCUGAAGAACAACAACAACUACCUACCGCCGCUGUACGGUUUACCGCAUGGUCCUAUUGAGUCCGUUACCCACUCACAAUCGAUCACAACUUCCUUCGGUGGGUCUGUGAACUCACCCUACAUCGACGAGACCGACUCCCAGUUUCCACCCUCCUAUGACAUAUAUCGGUCCAUGAGCGUCAAAAUGUCCGGUAAGAAGGAAAACACAAUUUCGCACUCCCACUCCAGCCAACCCGAUCCGCGGUCUCGAGGGACCUACACGAUCAGUUCCGAUUCUCUUCCAAGCACUAAAACUGUGUCCCUGUUCCUAUCCCCACCCCUAUCGACCGCACUGACAGAUGACCGCAACAGCGAUGACAAUCAAGUUCACCAACAGCAACUUUACGAUCUCAGCCUGAAACUAGGGCCCGGAAUCGAGGUGCAGAAGUCACUGGCCUACGAGCUGGACGACCCGGACCGAUCGUCAAAGCAAACGCCGACCAAACAGGACCGCAACCGACGACGACCGGCCGACAAGAGAGAACAGACCAGCAGACAGACCCGGGACAGUAGCAGUAGCAGCACGAACAACAACGGCAGCAGUGCUGCCAUCCGAGAAGACAAACGAACGAAAAAAAUCGAGACAAAAGACUAAGGGUAAACAGCCCGUUUUUCACCAACGGGGUGUUUUAGAAUACCUUGGAGGUUGCGAAAAUUCAGAUAACGAUGACUACGCCAAAAUCAUUGUAGGCUAAGCCAAAACAACCCCAUCAGCAUCACCACCACAUCAGGCAUUAUGGGCACGUGACUGCUACGGAAGAAUGCCAUCAGACGAAUUCGAGAAAAAGAAAAAAAAAACAAACAGGACUGACCUCAAAUUUUCAAAAAUCACACCUCAGUUGAUGUUUCUUCUGUUUACACUCCGGACCUCUAUCACAACAAAGAAAGGUAGACGGAACAGUUAGGUACAUGCGAUAAUAAACCCUACUCCAGCCGGUGGCUUGAUUCCGCAACGGUGAACGCCGUGUCCGUUCCGGCACCAAACAAUGACUAAGACAAGUUUUCAUUUUGUUUUUCAAAACUGUCACAGGACAAACACGAUUGAUUGAGACAUGAAACAUGAUGAAAAUCUUAUUUACUCACACCCACGAUUUCGGUGGUAUACGAAGGAAAGUAAAGAAAACAGUAUCCGCCCCAUACAAGCAACUCAUUCUAGUGAUAUAACGAUGCCUGCCCCCCCAACUUACUCACUCAUUUUCUGUUUUGAAUUAAGUUUUUUUUUACUUGUUUGGAAUAGUGGUUGAAAACACACAAGCUAGAGACUGUAGCCAAGUAGUUAAUUUAUGUUUGUGGCUGCAAAACGUUUGCACCUUCACUCUCUCCAGUAACGGUUACCAUUAAAUGGUCCUUGGUGCUACAGCUGCAGGCAACCGAAUCCAGUGUAAAUGUACUCUUUUCUCUGUAUUUAUUGUUUUUAUUGUGUUAGCGUCUAGUGUUAGGGUAAAUAAAAGUGAAUGAAA